CAGACACACAAACACACACACAUACAUACUUGCAUACACUUGUGUGUAGAUCUGCAUAUGUAUUUGUCCAGCGUUUGUCAUCGCAUGGAGCAAUCGCAGUUCUAGUUCCAGUUCAGACGUCAGCCAGUUCGUAUCUUGGAGCUCGCGUCAACCGUCUGAACUGUCGACCAACGAUUUGUUUAUAAACGAAAACAACGAAAGAACAGAGAGUGAGGCAAACGAAAGGCGAUGGACAUGCAAUUAGAUAGAAAUUAACAGAAGAAGAAUAUUCUAUAAACAUAUUUAAAUAUAUACACACACUUGUCGUUAUGUGUGUGUGAGCGAGAGAGAGCGAAAGCGAGUGAUAGAAAUUAACGAACAUGUUUAAUCUGCUGCGACGCACGCGUCAGAGAAAGGCGCAUAAAAACAAAAACUACGAUGUAAGUGAUGAUGAAGAGGCAUCAAAACCAAGAGCGCCCACAACAGCCUUUGACAGGAGCACAGAGAGCACGCACAGUAAUGGCGCCGAGUGCCGUUACCUAUUCAGCAAGAGAGAGAGCAAGGCGAGUGAGAGCAAAUCGCAUGGGAGCAGCACCCGCGAGAGUAAAUCACAUGAGAGCGGAGCAGGGCCGCGACGAGCGGUGAUCGAAGAGUUGGAGGACUUUGGCAGCGACAACGACGAAGAGAAGGCAAGUGUAAAAUUAGCAAAAACAGCUGCUGCUAAUGGCCAUUCAGCGAUCUCUUGGCGCUCCGACAAUUUGUUGUAUAUAAAUAACAUGGGCAGCGGUGAUGCGGCGACAAAGGCGACAAAGGCGAGGACAACGACUGCUGCUGCUGCUGUUGACGAUGAUGAGGAACGAAAUGAACGAAAUGAUAGAAAUGCUGCUGCCACCGCAACGGCGGCUGUUGGUGUUUUUGCUCUUGCUGCUGGGCAUGCCACGGGCAGUCAAAACGAGGCAGCCAUCGCGAACGCAAAAGCCAAAUACGAGUCGAGACAGCACGCAGGCGACGGUCAGCUAAUUGGCCAAGAACGGCAAGACGGGCUAAUAAAACGGAUUGGGCCAACAACUAUCGAUGGCAAUGCCGAACAACAAUUACAAAUUGCUGGCACGGUAAUUGAUGCAGACGACAUAAACACUAAACGCAACAACACAACAACAACAACAACAACGAACACUAAAACGCAGACGGAAACAGAGAACAGAGUGAUCUAUCGAAGGCAAUCGAAGCAAUCGAACGAACAGAAACGACUAUCGCGUCUAUCGCUGGGUAACUUUGCAUUGCUCAAAGACAACAGUGCAGGCGAAGAGUCUGUGAACAGCAGCAGCAGCAACAGCAACAGCAACAAGAAGCAGCGCAGCACAACGUUGCAAAGAAGUCGCGAAUUUCUCAGUGAUAUUUUCAUGGCGCGUGGACGUAAUCAUCAUCAAAAGCAGCGAAAUCAACAGCAACAACAGCAACCUCCACAGCAACAGCAACCACAACAACAACAGCAACAGCCUGCCAACGACGUAAUCGCUAUUGGAGAGGCCAGGGUAACAACAGCAGAAACAUCAGCAGCACACCUUGAAACGAACUCCGACCCCGCCGCGACCGUGUCCACAAAUAGUUAUCAAAUGACUAUGUCUAAUUAUAGCAGCACACCAAAAAAUCGACACAACGGUGCUGCGCUGCCAACGCAGAGCGGCGACAAAGAGAGCGAGGCGUUGCAAAGAGAGCGACGCAGUAAUUCAGCUGGAGCUGUGCGAAAGGAGCAGCCACUGCUGGCAAAAGAGAGCCAGCAGCUGGCCAGAGAAUUGCGACGUGCUGCCGAUGUUCAUAGACAGCGUAGAGCGGCGAGUGCUGAAUUUAUUCAAGCGGCAAACGUCGAGCUGUGCACUGUCGCGGAAGAAGAUCAACAGCAGCAACAGCAGCAGCAGCAGCAACAACAGCGGCAACAGCAAGGCGAUGCAACACUGCAGCGCAGCAGCAGCAGCAACAGCAUCAACAACAGCAAUAACAUUUACAACUAUAACAAUUACUAUAUCAACAAUUCUAGUGAUAUAGAUCUAAACAGCAUGGGCCAAAGUAGCGGCAAGCCCAAUGACUGCCAACAACAACAACAGAGCUCAGCGCACAGCUCACGCGCCAGCACGCCGCGUGAGUUUCGUGAAUCGAUCGUGAGAGACACAAAGCCAACACAGCCGCAACAUGAUGUGCCUAAAAUCACCGUUGUCGACUGCAGUUUCGAACAGAGUCCCAGCCAAAGUCCCCAGGCGGUGCCCGUUGAGGAAAUCUUCUACGACUUUGAGCAGCCACAGCAGCAACCGGAACAACAGCUCCACGAACACGAGAGCAACAUCAACAUUGAAGAGCUGAAUGAGGCACAUGUGGAAACGCUGGAGGAUGAAGUGUUUGCCGUGGAUAUUCCGACUACCAUUUAUCAGCAGGCCAAUGGAAUGCCACGUCCCUGGACACGUUUGACCAAUGUUAAGUUGGAGAAUGUGCAGGAGGAGGAGGAAGAGGAGCCGGAAGAGCAUGUCAAUGGCGAACCGGAGCCCGAGGAUGAUGAGCUGGACGAAGCGCUGGGCAUGGAAUGCGAUGAGCCGGAGCGACGCACGCCAAAUGGAUCACGACAAUCGGCGAGCAGCGAGCGCAGCGCAUUGAAAAGCGAUUCCAAUUUAAGCAGCAGCUAUGCGGACUCGGGCAUUGGCAACGACUUGCCACAGCAAUCACACCAACAACAACAUGCGCAUGCAGCGCCCUUGCCACCGCCACGCAGCUCGUCAAUGUUGUCGCAGCCGCUGCGCAUGCCGUUCGUGCGGGAUGCCAACUCAACGUCAACCGACUACGACUACGAUGGCGAUGGUGAGGAGCUGUUGCUGCAGUGCGACGAACUCGAUGAUGAGCAGCAGCACAAUUACGACGAGCGUUUGGUCUGCAUCGAGAGCAUUAGCCUGCCCGAUGUCGUUGUCGAGUCAACGACCGCCACAACAACAGCAACAACUACAGCUGCAUCGGCUGCAGCAACGUCAACAACAUCUGCCUCUACCUCUGGUGAUGCCACAAAUGGCAGCAAUGAUGGCCAUCUCAAUAUCAAUAUUACAAAUGGCGCCGGCGGCAAUAGUCUCGGCAAUGUGCAUUUCAUACCCAUACACAUCGAGGGAUCCGCAGGAUCCGGACGCAGUCGCAGCAAUAGUCCGAAGCAUCGCAGCCUGGACGAUAGUUGCAUUGGACGCAACAGCAUUGAGAUUGUCGAGGAUGGCAGUGUGCUGAAUAGUGCGGCGCCAUCGCCGUCACAGGAGGCGCAUGAGCUCAAAAAAGAGUUGAAGCUGCAAAAGGCGCGUUUCACCACACAACUGGAGGAUGCCCAUCGAAAUGUUCAGAGUCUGGAGGCCAAAGUGGGAGAUAUGCAAGUGAGGAUACAAAAUCUGGAACAGGAAUUGUCACUCAAACAAUGGAAUGUAGAUAGACUCCAAGGAGAACUUACUGCGGCUCAGAAGGACGAUGAAUUUGUGCGCAAAAAGCUAAAAGUGCUCGAGGAUGAGAAGAUUAAUUUGCGGCACAAGUACAGCGAUGAUGAGGACGAGUUCCGACGCAAAUAUGACGCAUUGCAAUCGCAGUACAACGAACUUACCGAAAAGUACAAAGAGACGCAGAGCCUGGCAAAUGGUUUGCAAACGCAACUGGCGAAUGCAAAACUCGAGGUUGAGAACUGGCGCAAUGAGGUGAAUAAAAUACGCGUUGAAUUGGAUGAGCAAAUACGCAUACUCAAGAAUGCGUUAGAGUAUUCGGAGGCGGAGCGCAAAAUCUGUGAGGAUAAAUGGCAAAAGGAGUUUGAAAUGCUCAGAACACACAACAGAGAACGCGAGGAGACACUGAUGUCCGAUUGCGAGUGGCAGAUGCGGCAAAUGCAGCGACAGUGUAAGGAUAAAAUGGACAAAACCAAUUACGAACGCAAGCAGGCAAGCGCCAAGGCUGAGGAACUCGAAUUGGAGUUGCAAUCGCGUCGCAAGGAGGCCGAAUCCUUACGCAUUUGCCAGGCACAGGUGAAGUCCUUGAGCGGCGUGGUCAGUGAACAGGAACGUUCGAUACAAACGCUCAUGGAACGCAUCGAGAAUCUCAAGGGAGAGUUGGAGAUGGCCAAUGAGAAUUUGGAGACACAGAUCGAAGCUGUGCACAAAAUCAAAUAUCAGUGUGAUAAUGCCAUUUAUGACAAGGAACGUCAAAUGAUCUAUCGCAUCGAUGAGGUGCGCAACGAAGCUGCCGCCUUUUGGGAGAAUAAACUUUACACAGAGAUGACAAGACUGACAAAUGAGUUGGAAUCCGUUUAUGUGGAUGAGCGACGCGAUGCCUUGGAUAAGCUGCAGGCCGAGCAUAUCGAGGAGCUGCGUGCACUGACCAAUCGCUAUACCGCCAACGAGGAGGAGCUGCGUGCAGAGAUCGAUGAGCUGACUGGCAAUUUGGAGCUAAAGAAAGAAGACUUUCUUGCGCUGCGAGAACGCUCGGAUAAUGCGCUUCUGCAGACACGCAUGCAUCUGGAUCGUGCCGAUCGUGAGUAUCAGAAUGCCAUGUGUCGGGAGGAGGAUCGUCGCGUUGAGCUAGAGGCGAAGCUGAAGAGAGAGUUUGAGGAGGAAAAGGAAGAAAUGGAGGAGAAAUUCCGUGAACGUUUGGGUCAAGUCAAGGAAGAGUUUGCCAAGGAGUUGCAGCUCUCCACACAGGACAUGGUGGAGAGUCAUCGCAAGGAGCUGGAAUCCCAAAAGGCCAAGCUGCAAAGCGAAAAGGAUGAAGCACUGCAAGCACUUGUGGAGCGACAUCGCGCCAAAAUGGCCGCUGCCGAGGAACGAAUUAACGAUGUAGAGCUUCGGCAUCAGCGCAAUCUGAAGGACUUGAAGGCGGCAUACGAUGCCGAGAAGGCGGCGCUGGAUAAACGCGAUAUUAGCAAUGCGAAUGAGAUCGAGCAGCUGCAUCGCAAGUGUCGCUGUCUGACCAAUCUAUUCGAGGAGAUGCGUAUGCGUUAUGAGCGGAGAGAUCCGCGUGCGGAGGAUCUGCGGGAAAUCUCCGAGUUGCGCACACGUUGCGAUAGUCAGGAGCGAGAUCUGUUUGUGCUCACCGAUCGACUACGCGAGAUGCAGAUCCAGAUGUCGGAGCUGCAGCAGAAUGGCGAUGGGGCAACGUUGCGCAAAAAGCCGCCAUCGAAAACGAUACCCACCAGCUGUGAUGUCAUCUACGAGGAGAACGAGGAGCGUGAAUCCCCCGAACAGGAUCUGCAGCAACAACAGCAACAGGACUCAUCGGAGGGCGGCUCGUCGGAGAGGGACGACAACGAAGAGGAGCAACUGGAGCAGGAGCCCAGCGACACUGAAUCGAAUCACACGAUUGAAAUCAAUCAUAAGUGCAACGAUCGCAUCAAUGAGGACGAUGCUCACAUGAUCUCAGCUGUGUGAACAAAUUGUUUGAUUGCUUGAUGGAUUGAUUGAAUGAUUGAUUAAUUGAUUGAUUGAAUGAUUGAUUGAUUGAUCUUCGCAAAAUACUCGCCAAAGCGCAGUAGUGACGACUUGCAAGCAUGCUGCAGCUGCUCGCUCUAACUAUCUAUCGACAGUUAUCCUGUAAUUGCACCAUUCAAAGUUUUUAACAGACGCACAAAAUAUAUUUAUUAUUUAUACACAAAAAGCACUUAAAAAUUGUAAAAUAUUUUAAACACAAUCUAAUUGGUUUAUGAAACCGCAACAAAUACGAAAUAAAUGUAAAUACUUUUAACAAUUUC